AUGUUUAUAUUUUUAAUAUUGUUAAUAAUAACAACCUUGAUAAUGAUUUUACAGGCACAAAUCGCUCCAAAUAAUUACAAUUAUAAUAAUUAUGAUACCUAUAGACAGUCGUUGAAUUUAAAUCCUACCUUCUCCGAUUUGGAUGUACAAACUUAUACCACUCCUUCACCGUAUGCUUAUACUUAUAAUAAUCCUUAUGCUUCCCAUUCUUAUAAUCAGUUGGACUAUAAGAAAAUACGCAUUUGGCCUUUUGUGAUCGAUCAAUAUGCUCAAUAUCCUUAUAAUAAUUAUUUUUAUAGCAAUAAUAAUCCCUACAAUAUCAGGCCAACAUUACAAACCUAUGCCACUAAUAAUUUAAUUUUUACAAAAUCCCAAAUCUAUAAAUUACUAUUUAUAACACUGGCUCUAUGCUGUCUCACCGCUACAGCCAAUGCUGGUAAAUUACCCAAAAGCCACAUAAAAGCCAAUGUCAAUGGUACCGAUAUUGCAACACCAGCCAAAGAAGCAGCGGAAGUAGCCACAACAGAAACGGCAAUAAAAGAAACCGAAAGCAAGUCAUCCGAAGAAGAUGAUGACAAUGAUGAUGAAGAAGACGACGACGACAGUGACACAGCAGAUAAAGACGAUGAAGAUGAAACAGCAGAGAAAAAUGCUGUACAACCGGCCGCCGAUACGUCACUGAGUGUUUGGGGUAUUGUAAGGGGUCUGUGGAAUUGGAUUAGAGAAGAUAUUAGUGAAAGCCUAUUUGGUGAUGAUGGUAAAACAUCCGCUGUUGGAGAAGGACGUACUUUCGGAAAAAUUCGUCGCUUGCAAAUGGCUCUCAUUCCCAUUGUCUUUAAGUUUGGUGUACUCGCUGCCAUGGUGGCCUUCUUAGUUGCGAUCGGCUUGAAAACUCUCUUCUUGGUAAAAAUUUUGAUUGCUAUGAACGUACUAGCUAUAUUGGCCAAAUUCUUUACGCUUAAAACCAACUUUGGUCAUGUUGAACAUGUUGCCCAUCAUGCACCACCACCCGCCUGGAAUUGGACACCUUAUGCUAGCACAGGUUGGCAAUCGGCACCCGUAGAACAACAUCACAGCAAUAAGGAAAUUCAUUUGCACAUACAUGGUGGCCAAGUCCAACCACAAGUAUCUGGUUAUACUUACAGCAAUAAUGCUGCUACUGCACCAUCCCAUGGCUGGGAGCGACGCAAUGAUCCUUAUAGUGCCUAUGAUAAUAUGGCCUUGCAGGGCCAGCAAAAUGAAUUACUGCCAAAUGAAUUGACAAAUGCACCAAGUGACCAGCAGCAGUUUAAUGGCAACUAUCCCACAAAUCAUCGAAUGCUUUGAAGUGUUUUAAUUGAAAAAAGUUCAAAGCUUGAGUUUUUAUAAAACGAACGAGAAGUUUCGAUUAGAUAGAGCAAAUUAUUUUUGUUCGUUUUGUAAAAAUUACAAUAGAUAGCUUGAAACCUAAACUGGUCUUUAGUUAGUAAUAUUUGAAAUUAAACUUAGGGAUCCUAAAUUUAUUAUAAUUUAUAUUUAAAUAUUGUAUCAAAACAUUUGCUUUAUUUUCUUUGUAAUUAGUUUUAGUUUAUAAAUGUAUAAAAAAAUAAAUUUUAAUGUAAAUAUUUAUUUAUAGAAUUACUUGUAUUUAAGUUAAUAAAAUUCUUAAUGUAAAUUAUUAAAAAUUCCAAAAUAAAGUACAAAAUUUAUGUGAAA